AUGCCUCUAAACACUGGCGACCCGUACGUUGAGGCUGGAGUAGUUUCUAUGCCACUCUCUGAUUUAGUAAAUGCGAAAAUUGGUGUUGAAGCUACAGCUUAUCUCUCGAAUCUUUUGAAAGGCACCGCCGAUGAACCUUUACUUGCAGCUUUGGGUGGGCAUCCCAUGGCAUUGAAAAUACAUAUCGAGAACGAUUUGGACAAAUGGAAGGAGCAUGAAAUGGAACCACUUUUUGUAUUUGAAGGUCAAUCAAUUGUUGGCAAGAAAGAAAUGACGAUGCGCAGUCUGAAGUCUGCUAUAUCCGAAACAGAACAAGCAUGGGCAUUGUACAACGACGGCAACCCUACAGAUGCUGUCGCAGCUUUUCGCAAGGCUGGCGCCAUCCAAAUCACCGACCUAUAUCAUAUCCUACAAGAGGUGCUUGCUGCGAGAGGCUUAGAGUACAUGACUGCUCCUUUCAGUGCUUGUGCUCAACUCGCAGCUCUCGAUCGUCACGAUGUACAAUAUAUUGAUGGAAUCAUGGGUUCUCAAGAACUACUUCUCUACGAAAUUUGGGACGCUGUCAUAUUCCCGCCGAACUCGACAGAUUGGGAGAACAAGGCUCUAAGAGGAGUUCUCAAAUCUGAGUUACUCAAGAAGCUUAAUGUCACAUCAGACAUGCUCUCCGAUGCACUAUUGAUGACCGGAACAUCAUUCUUACCACCAUUUCCACCACUCCAAGACCAAACUAUCAUCAGUCGUCAGCCUUAUAACGUUGGUGAUGCGAUCAAUCUACUUCGAACCUCGGAAAAGUCGGUUAGUGCGACUUGUGCAGCUUUCAGCGAUAUCUUGAAUGUCCGUGAUAGAGAUUGGCUCGAUAAGUACCGGAAGGCAAAGAUGGGUAUCAAGCAUUGUGUUACCGUAGACACAGACGGAAACAUUCAUAUCAGAGAUUUCGAUCACCUGACUGGCGACAAUCAUGAAUACCUUGGUUUACAGCUGCCCGCAGAGUUAUACUCUUAUCUACAAAAGGAUGUCAUCGGUCCACGUCUCAUGAAUACCUUCAAUUCUCUCGAAUACCAUGUUCUUCCAACUCUUGAUGGGUUUGUGUCAGAUGAAUAUCGAAAGUUGGUUACAGAAUCUCUUUUACCACUCAGAGAAACUUUUGCAGCCCUAAUUGCCCCUCGAAUGCAUCGUGGUUUUCUCUAUAAAGAUAUCACUGUACGCCUCUGGUUUGACGAUAACAACAAGCCAACUUUAGACCAUAAACGCUUACAACCACAAACUAACAACUUAGUUGACUUGUGGGGUGUUAAGGAUUCCGAAUUAAAGAAAGUGGAGACCAAAUCAUUGAAAGCAGGAAAGAUUUCUUUUGCUGCGAUAUCAUUACUUGAUAACAAGGAUCUUCCUACCAAAACUAUAGGUAAAUCAAAGGCGACUGGUCUUUCCUCCAAGUCAGAAAUUCUAUCCAAUUCAUUAUGGCGUCUACUUCAUCUCAGAGGCUAUGUCAAUGACAAGCAUGAGUUGACAAAUUGGGGAAAGGCAUUAGCCACUACUUUAAAAGCCAUUCAACCUAUUUCUGAGAAGUACCAGGAUAUUCACCUCAUCGAGGAAGCAGCAUUUAUGGCAUACGAGCUCAUUCGUUUCCAGAAUCUUCACACUCAUAGAGAUCUUAUUGAAGCAAUUGUUGCAUCGAUGCUAUUGAGUGGUCAAGUUAUUCGGAAUGUCAAAGAAUAUCAAGGUCUAGGUCGCAGUCUUCCAUUCGAUAAUGAUAUAGAUGUCGCCUUUGGAAUAGCCGUCAAAACCUACUUAGAUGACCGCAUCAAACCCGACAUAUCUAAAGAGGAAAGGCAAUUAAUGAAGAAUUCAUAUAGUUCCACAUAUCUUCCUCAUGCAAUUAAUUUCGUAGAGGAUCUUGAUGUUGCUUUUGGUUUCUUUGAUGCAUUGCAUAAGGGGGUAAAAACUUUAUCAGAUACAGAAAUGAAGGAUGCGGAGAAGAAGACAUGGGAUGAUGCUAAGGCAUAUCUCGAUUCGAGGAGAUAA